AUGGCUUUGCACACAAGCACGAUCAUCUCCAGGAAAGUCUCCGACAUCCUGACCCACGUCAGUCGGGUACACCUCGCUUUCCCGGACCACAUCCCUCUCUAUUCUCUUUCAGUCUCUUCCAAGGUGGACUCGAGUCAUCUGCAGGAUCUUGUCUCGACCGUUGGUGCGCUUUCUCCGCACUCAGUAGGAUGUCUAUCCGCGCCUAUACCCUCGAGCAACCCGGCUCUGCAGGCUAGCAUCGCAUGCUCGCUGUCAAUGUUUCCCAAGGACCACACUACAGCCUUCAGAAGUGACAUCCCCGGAAGAAGUGCACCACAAGUCGGCCGAUGGCAUGCGUUUCGCAAGAAGGAUCAAUCUGGCGUCGGCACAGGGGAGGUCGUCCAAGAAGAGACGGAGAACGUCAAUUGGGAGGAUGUAUGGGCGAAGAAUGUCGACGUUCCUCUCUUGCCGUCCGAGCUGCAGGGUAUACCGACAGAUGAAGCGCAUACAGUCAUCUAUCUGUCCGACGGCUCUCCAGAAGGUCUCUCCAACUCGCUUCAAGCGUUACCCAUGGCUACCAAGAUAGGCUUGGUUGCGUCUUCAACGCCGUUCAUCACUGGUCGACCAUACACGCUGUUCCACGGAAAAUCAGUCUAUUCGUCGGGCGCAGUCGGACUUUGCAUCCAUUCAUCUACCCCUCCUGAACUGCAAGUAGGAUUUCCAGGUCUUCAGGCCUUGACACAACCCAUGGUCGUGACAGAGUCUGAAGGAAACCUCAUCCUAGCGCUCGACGACAAGAACCCAUCGCGUAUACUCCUCGCAGCGAUUGAAAGCGGGAAGAACUUCUCUGCCACAGACGAUCAGAGCGCGAAGCUUCUGAAGAUCAUGAAAGACGACUCGUUCUUUCUGGGCGUGCUCGACGACAAUGCAGGUCAUGGUGCCUCGAAGAUACGUCAAGUCUAUCACAUAACCUCCGGAGACCCAUCGCGCGGCUCGCUAGCGUUGGAGAGCGAGUCUGCGCCUCAAGGAGCGACGGUCCAGAUCUAUCGCUCGCCCGCGCACGCCAAUCCCAAUACAUUGUCUCGCUACAAACUGUCGUCAAAUGAGAACGGAAGGUUGCGCCGGAUGGCAUUUGCCGUCGCACCCGCGGAGCUCGUGCAUAGUGACGCCGGGGACGACGCGGAGACUAUGGUACUCGAGGAUACGUUUCUGACGGCGUCGGAGAAUGGGUUCCUCAUCAGCCGUCGCGCAACGGAUGAACGUCCUUGGAUGUGUAAGGCGCCGGGAGGCAUCGCUGAGUUGGGAUGGAACACUACGUAG